AUGAUAUUUUUUUUUAUUUCGCACAGCUUUGCUUCACUUAAAGGCGAGCUCGUACCAGAAGGAAAUAAAGACUUAAGACUUGCUGAUACUGGAACAAAUAAGCUAAGAUGGGUAGCUAAAACAGAUUUGGGGAGCAACAAAGAUCUUUCAAUUGUGGAAUAUGACAGGGACAAAAAAUAUCUAAAAGUUAAUGGUAAAGAACUGUGCACUAAAAUAUUCAGCAAAGAAAUACAAUUUUGUGAUAAUAAAUACGUUUAUACGAAAUGGGAGCCCUUAGCAGAAGAUGGAAGGUUUAAAUUUAAAACAGAAGAUGGAUAUUGUUUAAGUGUAGGAAAGAAAAUGGAUUCAUUUAAUUCAGUUAUUCUUAGCAAAUGUAAAGCACAGAAUAUUUAUCAAAGAUUUAAAUACGAAAAAAACGAAGAUGAGAAGGGACGAAUAGAAACUAUUAAAAAUGACUAUGAUGAAGGAAGUCCAGUAAUAUUGAAUAUGGCUUUAAAAGCAUAUGAGAAAGACACACCUGUUGAAGUAAUUAUUAAAGAUAAAAAAGAUGGAUUUAAGCGUGUUAAUACAACAAUAGGAGAAUUAAACACUUUGUUUGCUUUUAAUCACAAUGCUGAACCAAUAAACCAUGAUAUGCUUGUUGAUACUACAAAAUUGAACCAACAAUCGGAAGAAUACUAA